UCAGAAAAAUAUGUGCCUAUCCAGGUGUGCAGAAUAGGUUUUGCAUGUAUCUGGUAAAAGUCUUAUUAUGUUACCUUACCUUACUCUUCUUGCCCAGAUAAGGCAAUCGCCUUUAAACAAUCCAUCUGCCUCAACGAUAAAGGAGGAAAAAAACUAAAAUAUGUAGUGCUGACAUGUUCCCUAUUAAAAGAAAAGUAUAAAAUGGCUGCAAUGGAUGAUACGUAUAGCCAACCAUGGGAAUCUGAAGAGUAUGUCAUAGCGGAUGUUAAGUUGGAUGAUUCAAUCUUCAUCAUACAUACUCAUGAGAGUGAGCCAAUUGCUGUAUACAUCCAAGGAAACCUUCAAAAAUUCAACGAUGACUCAAAAAUCACGGUGAACGUUUGUGAUGUAACCGAAGUAGAGAGCCGAAAUCUGGCUUUCCGUGUAGCCAUUCUUCUCAUCACUCCAGAAAUGAUUUCUCACUUAGAAUCUCUGAAGGAUUACCCAUGCUCAUCUUUAAGGUUUCCUCCAAACACAAAAUGUGCCUUUUUGAUUCAUGACCCUAUAACUAUGGAUGAUGAACGAGUGAGUUCAGUCUUGAAGGCCAAAAUACCGGAUUUCUACUCUUGGCAAACACUCAAAUUAACGCAAACUAGAUCUACUUUAAUUCAAAUAUUGGAUUUGCUUGAAGAAGAGUCGUCAAGUCUCCCUAGUUUGCUGCAAUAUUCUCUGGAGCCAUCCCACAUCUCCACGGACAGGCACCAAGUUUUGAUUCUCUUCAAAACUGAAAAGGAGAAGUCUUCUAUGGUAAUUGUUCAUACGGAAUACAGAAAAAUAGAUGCUAAGUACCAGAAUCCGUACACAUUCUCUUUCUCUCCAUAUGGUUUACCUCCUGGCAAAUCACAGAUCACCGUCUAUGUGGAUGGCAAGAACGAGGGUUCUACAAACCUUAGUGUGGGCGACAAAAUGGAAUUUCUGUAUCAGGAGAUGGGCGAUAUCAUAUCCCCUGUCGAGUUCCUGUGUCAGGUUUUGAAACUUUCCAUCGAAGAAAGAGAAAAUUUAGAUAAAGACCUCAGCGAUAGGAUAAGUAGAGAUGGUUUCAGUUCAUCAUGUCUGAAGACAUUUAGUAACCAAGACAUAUUAAAUGGUAUUCAGAUGAACAGUGAAUUGCCAACGAUGUUACAUUUCGGUGCAAAGUAUGGACUUUCACAGUUUUGCAAAGCAAUAAAAGUCUGUCGAGGUUUUGACAGUGCCAUAACAACACGAAACAAGCAAAAUGAAACUCCUUAUAAGUUAGCCCAGAGAUUGGGAUACCCUCAGCUCUCAAAGGAUCUAGAUCCUUUGAUGCUUAAGCUUGAUAUGGAGGAAUUACCUAUGAGUCAUUCACCUCGCUCAAAAAAUAUUCUGAGUACUAGUGCAAAAGAAACUCAUUCACCAAAAAUAACCUUACAAAGAAGGCCAACAGAUGUAGGAAGAUAUUUAUCUGAAAGAAAAGGACCGGCUCCCAGACCUCCUAUCAGAGACAUUAUAACUACCCCGAGAUACAGCUCAAAAGAAGAUCAGUCAGUACCAAAGAGAUGUCCAUUGAAUAAAGAAGACAAAAAAUCAGAUCACAGCCGAGAUUCAGUUUAAGGCCGGAGACUGUGCAAUAAUUAUAUGGAUAUGAUGAUAAAGAACAUUACAGAGAAAACAGAAGAAAUGAGCAUUCUAUGAAGAUAUUGUUCAUUAUUCAUGUAAAAUCUGAUUUUUAAAUGAAUAAAAUAAAAUAUAUGAUUUAUAUGUGACAAUUAUAACAUACUUGUAUUACUUAUCCUUC